AUGUCAAUAAAUUCGAAUGUCCGUAAAUUACCAAUCCUUUCGUCAUCGCAUAUUCCAAUAUCUUAUCGACGAUAUCAAAAUCGUGCUGCAGCUGUUUAUGAUAUGAGUGUUAAUUGUUAUGAUAUUGAAACAAUAUGUCAUAUACAUCGUUUAUCAAAAAUUAUUAUAUUACAAGAUUGGAAAGGAAAUUUUGAUUAUUUACAAAAAAUUGAACAUGAUAAUAUUCAACCAACACUUGCGGCUAUUGCUCAUCAUAUACCAUUUAUUUAUAUUGAACAAGCAAUAGCAGAUCAAGAUAUUACAAAUGCAUUGAAUCGUUUUCUUGAUGAUUUCAAUCCAAAAAACAUAAUGGAAAGAGAAUUUAAAAAAGAUAAUAUUAUUCAAAAACAAUUAAAUAAUGGUCAACCUAUUCUAACACCAUUUGAACAAUAUUUACUUCUUGAGCAUCUUAUUAAUUCAAUAUCAAUAAAGAAAUUUCGAAAAAUAAUUGAUAUUAAAAAAUGUCUUCUUGAAUAUAUUCAAGAAAUUAUAAAAAUAAAUUAUUCAUCAUUAAAUAAUAUUUCUUAUUUAAAUCAAACAUGGUUGAAAACAUUUCUUCUAUGGGCAUAUCCACAAAUACAUACAGAUAAUCUAUCUUGGUUAGAUAUAAAUCAAUUAUAA